ACUACACUAGCAGACUUCCAUUGAAUCCUCCAUCAGUCCAGAAACAUGUGAAUAUCACCAAUCUUUCAAGAUUGCAUGUAAAGUUCUAAUCUUUGGUUUUUUCAAGGUCUGAUAAUUUAUGGGUUUUCUCUGGCAACCAUGAAGUUCAAUGUCGGAGGCAUGUUCAGAGAAUUCUGAAAUCAAAUUCUGGCUCUAAUGGGGUUGCCGGGCUUUGAAUUUUUGAAGAUAUUGGUAGAUUGAUGGCAGAGGAAGAAAUUAGUCCAAUAUAAUAAGUCCCUUGUUGUCUGUUUCUGAGUUUCUGUUUUCUUAACCCUUUCAAUUUGGAAGGAAAGUGCCAUGUGGUGAGCUCAGAUGUCUGCACAUGGCUUUCUCUCAUUCCCAAGCUUUGAGACUGAGAGGAUGACCACCUGGUUUUGUAUUAGCAACUUAGAAAACCCCCAAUUUUUUUAAUGAGAACUCAAUGGAGGGUUUGGGAAACUGUGAUGAGAGAAACAGCACGGGAGUUUAGUUUUAUGGCAAAUCCAUAGUUAAAUCAGUACCUUCUUCCAUUUUCUUAAUAAUUAACUUGCUUCCUCAAUGCCAACCUGUUGAGUUACCUGCUCUUCCUCAAAUCUAUAAGCACAAUUCAGCAAGCUCUCACACUGGUAUCCCCUUCUCCUUGCCAUUUUUGUGUUUGCUAUUUAUUCAAACUGGCUUUCUUUCUUCUGGGGUAUGUUCCUUUUUGAUCUAUGAGUACAAAUUUUCCACUAGGAAAUAGCAAGCUGCAGAAGCACUUCAAUCCUGCUUCAUAUUGUACUAGUUCUUUCUCCAUUUCCAGAUCUUCCAAUCCAAAAAAGGGAUUAGUAACUUUUGGUUUUUUGGGGGUUUUGUGCAUAUAAGACCUUUCUCCUAGUUCCAUGGCAUCUCCUUCGUUCUUUGGCAACAAUCCUUAUCCAUGGAUAGUUGUUCUUACUCCAGUGAUCAUGUUUUCUGCUUUUCUGAUGCUUUCUAGUUCCUUCUCCUUCCUCCUCACCUCUAUAGCCUUGGUUUUGUCCAUUCUUCUGUUCAUCUUUUCAAGGAGAAAGCCAUGCUUCGAGGAGAAACCAGUCAAAGAAAAGGAAGUCAGUUUAUCUCAAAGGGAGAAUUUGGCACCAAAAGAAGAGACUGAAACAGAGAGAAGUGAAGUUACUACCAUACAAGCAAAGGACUUUGAAAGAGAAGCUGAGCACCAAAGUCAUGACAGUUUGGUGAGUUCCCCAGAUGUGCUAUCAGAAAUUGAGUGCCUGGAUCAGCUAUCAACCACAGAGGAUUCAGAAAUGGAUUGGCCUUUCAGGGACAAAGCUGACCGGAGCCCAGAUUACUCAGAUGAUGGAUCUAUUUCCGAUGAGGAUAGCCUCAUUGAAAUCUCCCUCCCUAGUGGACACUAUGUGAAUCAUGGAAAGGAAAUCCAGCAGCAGCCUAAUAAGCUGAGUAUGCAACCCAAGUUCCCAGAAUACCGGACCUUGCCAGAAUCAAUUUUCCAGCAAAGAAGUCUAAUGCAGCUGCUAUCAGAGUUGAAUAAUGAGGUGAAUGAGGAAGACAACUUGAUUGAGAUUGACAUCUCCAUGGGCUCCAUCAAAUGUUCAAGGUUUGAAAUUGAAGCUUGAGAUAAUUAAUCAUGUUUUUGAGUUCUUACUUUUAAGUACUUUUAUUUUUUGUCCUCCUGGAUUUCAUCAUGUAAAACUGUUAACCAUUUAGGGUAUUACAGAUUCACAUUAUAUAUAUAAUCUUCAAUUUCUUGUGUAAUGUUCUAUGAAAACUGAGAUGCUUUCUGCUGUUUAGUUAUUCAUCUUAAUCUUCAAGUUGAAGCUUUGGAUACCCAUUAAAGCACUUGUACUGUC